AUGAUGGUCAUCAAUGAACAGGCUUUGAAAGAAAAGAAAUCGCUAGAAAAGGUUAGAGAAAAAUUGGAACGCAUCGCUGCUAGACAACAGGCCUUUGGAAAGAACAUUUCAAACAUUACCGAACAUUACAUAUUGCUCCGAUCUGGUGAUUAUUACAUGUUUGAGGGUGAUCCAGAAGAGGACGAUGACAAUGCUGUGCAAUUGCGUGGUUCUGGAAGUUUAUUUAGGAAAGCCAAAGGCCUAGAAUCUACUAUUUCUAGUCGGCCCUAUUGCCAGCCAUCUUCACUUGACGAGCCUCAGCCUCGUCACCAGAGCAUCUCCCAGCAUCACCGUCCUAAUACUUCAAUUGCUGUUUCAGUGAGGUCUGGUGCAAACUCCUUAAAGAAUAAACGUCUUUCGGCCAAGUCAACUCCGAAUACUAAUUUAAUGCCUGUCACAUCUCUACAUCACGAUAUCAACGCAUUGCCUUUCUCAGCUACACGCAAGCCGGCUUUAGUUAAUCUGCAUAUGACUGCACAGCAGUUACCACUAACAGAACAACAGAAACAGCAACAUGCUUUGAAAACUUCUCGAUCCGAAGUUGGCGCCAUUCGCUUGAGCCAAAUGCUACCUAUUACUACAUCUCAAAAGGAAAGAAAAUCUAGGCCUAUUGGGCCCACUCGGGUAAACACAUUAUCUAUUUUCACUCUCCCUUUUGCUCCUUCCUUUAUUUUUCGUCGUCUUUGA